AUGUCAAGUCCCAGGUCGGGGAGAGGCUCCUCCAUGGUGCUGUCUUCGGUUCCGCUUCAAAUGCUGUUUCAUCUCAGCGGUGCCUACUGUGUGCUGCACCUCCUGGCCACACUCUUGAUGCUGAUCUAUAAAAGUCAGGUGUUCAGCUACCCUCCCAACGGCCUGGUCCUCGAUCUGGCUUUGCUGCUUCUGAUGGGGAUUCUGGAAGCAAUUCGAUUGUUCUUGGGCACCAAGGGCAACCUGACGGAGGCCCAGGGCCCGCUGGCCGCCAGCCUGGCCCUCACGGCAGGCACCAUGCUCCUCUCUGUCCACUUCCUGCUCUGGCAGACCCUGGUGCUGUGGGCAGACUGGGCCCUCAGUGCCACGCUCCUGGCGCUCCAUGGGCUGGAGGCUGUUCUGCAGGUGGUCGCCAUCGCUGCCUUCGCUGGAUAGCCCCGGGCGCUGGAUGCCGGCACGCAGGGGACCCUCCUUCUUGGACCGGCAGCCACUGUUUCCAGUCGCUGAUGGCCAGAGUUGGUUCUGGAUGGUUUGCGCAUCUUUCGUGGCGCGGGUGGGGGCAGAAGCCCGGCGGAGCAACCCCCCACCCAGGUGCCCAGGGCUCAGGUUCAGCCACAGGAAGGGCCUGGGACUGUGCGGGGCCAUCUCCCAGCUGAGUCCUCUCGGCCCUGUGGUCGGGGGUGGGGUCUGGCUUCAACAGCCUGGUGCCUGGACCGAGAACCAAGGCUGCCUGGGAUCACACUGUGGCAGUGGCCUCAGGGCUGCCCGUUCACUCUGCAGCCAGGCCCGUGCCAGGAUUUCCCAAGAAGCUGGAGUGCAGGGUGGGGCGAGCUUGUGCUCUGAGGGUGGCACACUCAAGGAGCCCUGGGUAGCGUGGUGCAUGCUGGUUUCCCAAAGGGAGAAAUGCAUCGAGCCAUCUACCCCAGCCCCAGCCCCUUCCUCUGGGAGAUGGGGAGGAGCGGCAGGGCCGUGGCUGGGCCUGAGGACAGCCCUGGCCGGGGGCCAGCCCGGGUGCUGAUGCUCCCACCCUCCUCCCUCCCUCUGCUAAGCCUCAGCAGCAGCCAAGCCUGACCACCCAGCCGUCGCUGGGAUUUCCUUCCCAUUCCCAGGUUUACUAUAAAUGCUCCUUUAAACAUGUCUAAGGCUGGGCGCCAUGGCUCACGCUUGUAAUCCCAGCACUUUGAGAGGCUGAGGCGGGAGGAUAGCUUGAGCCUAGG